UUCGUCUGCUCUGUUUCUGCACGUUGUUGAAUUUUUAACAGAAGUUGGAACAAACUGGAUUAAUAAUUUAGACAAAAUUUGAAUAGGCAACAUGCUUACAAGUAAAGUGUUUUUACGAAAAACGAAAAGAGGAAAGGUUUUGAAAGUAGUCAGAGAGCAUUACCUUAGAGAUGACCUAUGGUGUGGUUCUGAGCUGUGUAAAAAAUGCGGCCAAGAAAACAGCGAUGUGCUGGACAAGUCUCCUGUGUCGUCUAGUACACUUUGUGCCUUCCCUCAUUAUAUUGUGAUUGACACCAAUAUUGUGCUACAUCAGAUUGAUGUGUUGGAGAGUCCAGCUUGGAAAAAUGUUAUCCUGUUGCAAACAGUAUUGGAAGAAACUAGGAAGCGUAGCACAAAUAAUUACAAAAAGUUGAGAGAGAUUAUGGCGACAAGAAAAGACAGCUUUUAUGUUUUUGUCAAUGAACAUCACAAAGAUACUUAUGUUGAAAGAAAGCCUGGUGAAAGUGCAAAUGACAGAAAUGAUAGAGCUAUUCGAAAAGCUUGCAGCUGGUAUCAAACUCACUUGGAAGAAAGCCAGAAAGGAACUGACAAGAAAAAGCAGAUCAAGGUUGUUUUGUUGACUCAGGAUUUUAAGAACAGAGAGCAAGCAUGUAAUGAGGGGAUCCCUACUUAUAAAGUGGAUGAGUAUGUGAAGAGCUUGAAAGAUUUUCCAGAUCUUCAAGAAAAGCUAGCUGCUUCACAUUCCGAAAGUAAUAACGAAAAUCGGGAACCAUUGUACCCCGAGCAUUUAGCUCCCACCAGAAUUAUGUCAGGAAUUAAAUCUGGAAAGCUACUCCAAGGGGUUUACCACUCUUCAAGAGAAAAUUUUUUGGAAGGAACUGUUAGUGUUGAAGGACAAGAUAAAUCCAUUCUCUUGCAAGGCCAUGCCAGUUUGAAUCGUGCAGUUGACGGUGAUGUUGUCGCUGUUGAAUUGCUACCAGAGGACAAAUGGACAUCCCCUAGCGGCAUCGUUUUGGAGGAUCAAGAAGAGCAAGAUCCUGGUGAUGAAAUUGAGAAAGAAGAAAAAUUAUUGAUUGAUAGCGCGAAAAGCAAGGAUCGCCAACCAACUGGAAAAAUCGUUGGAAUUAUUCGUCGUAAAUGGCGCCAAUAUUGCGGAAUAUUGCUUCCCAGUGUUCUUCCAGAAGGAACUCGCCACCUUUUCGUUCCGGCUGAAAGGAAAAUUCCAAAAAUUCGCAUUGAAACUCGCCAAGCUGUAACAUUGUCUUCGCAAAAAAUAAUAGUUGCGAUCGAUUCAUGGCCUCGUACUUCAAGAUAUCCACUCGGUCAUUUCGUUCGUGCUUUGGGUAACAUCGGCGACAAAGACACUGAAAAUGAGGUUCUUUUGUUGGAGCAUGAUGUGCCGCACCAUAGCUUCCCAGAAACAGUGUUGGCCUGUUUGCCUUCGAUGCCAUGGAUGAUAACGGAAGAGGAAGUGAAACGUCGCGAAGACUUGCGCCACUUAGAUAUUUGCAGUGUUGAUCCACCGGGGUGUACAGAUAUCGAUGACGCUCUCCAUUUCAGAGAAUUGUCACCGAAUCUGUAUGAAAUUGGAGUUCAUAUUGCGGAUGUUUCACAUUUCGUCAGGCCAGAUACUGCGCUUGAUAAAGAAGCUGCCAACAGAGGAACAACCGUUUACCUUGUUGACCGCCGUAUCGACAUGGUCCCUGAACUUUUAAGUUCAAAUCUCUGUUCUUUGAGGCCGGAUCAAGAAAGACUCGCGUUUUCUGUUAUUUGGCAAGUGACUGCAGAUGCUGAAAUUCAAAAAACUCGUUUUACGAAAAGUGUGAUACGAUCUCGUCGAGCUUUCACCUAUGCGGAAGCUCAGUGCAACAUUGAUGAUUCCCUUCAACAAAAUGAAUUGGCCAAAAGCCUUCGUGGGUUAAAUAAAUUGGCUAAAAUAUUGAAGAAAAACCGUAUGGACAAAGGUGCGUUGCAGUUAUCAAGCCCUGAGAUUAGGUUUGAGGUCAGCACUGAGACAAACGACCCUAUUGAUGUAAUUUCAAAACCCAUGCUUGAUACCAAUAGUAUGGUAGAAGAGUUCAUGUUGUUGGCUAAUAUUUCAGUGGCUGAUCACAUUUUCAAGCACUUCCCCGAGUGCGCUGUUCUCCGUCGUCAUCCGGUUCCCCCUGCAUCAAAUUUUGAACCAUUUUUGAAAGCAGGCAAGACACAGGGCUUUACGUUAGAUGUAAGCAGCAACAAAGCAUUGGCCGCUUCCUUGGACGCAGCUGUUAAACCGGAUAAUGUGUACAUGAACACUAUGCUUCGUAUUUUGGCAACCCGCUGUAUGAUGCAAGCAGUUUAUUUUAGCAGUGGAACAGUUGCUCAAGUAGAUUUCUAUCAUUACGGUUUGGCUGCUCCAAUCUACACUCAUUUCACAUCCCCUAUUCGAAGGUAUGCAGAUUUGUUGGUUCAUCGACUCUUGGCUGUAGCAGUUGGUGCAGACGUGACAUACACCGAAUUACUUAACCGAAAGUGCGCUCAACAACUGUGUAAUAAUCUUAAUUAUCGGCACAAAAUGUCGCAAUAUGCGCAGCGUUCAUCGGUUGCCCUGCACACACACCUGUUCUUCCGUCAUCGUGUCCAGGAUGAGGAUGCAUAUGUCCUCUUUGUUCGUCAAAAUGCUCUCCAAGUGCUUAUUCCGAAAUAUGGAUUGGAAGGUUCAAUCUACCUUAAAGGGAAUGAUGGAGAUUCUAAGCUUGAUUUUGUCUACAAUCCUGAUGAGCCUUCUCAAACUUGCGGGAAUGUAACCAUUCGAACGUUUGACCGUGUAGUGGUUCAAGUGAGCCUCGACUCUAAGUAUGUGCAACAUCAGAAAAUAGCAGUUCAUUUAGUGCAUCCAAAGAUUGCAGGAUUGUCUGUUGAUGCAAUUGAAAUUUAUAAAACUGAUGAACCACGAACCAAGAAAUUGAAGGGCGGAAAAUAAAUAUUUUCUAAAUAUUAAUGAAAUGAAAAUUGAAUAAAAUUGGUCAGGUUGACAAUUUUGUACUUU